ACUCAUUGUGUCCUAUAUUUAUCACCACUUUCCAUUGCAAACGUGGGUUUGGUCAAAAUGGAAAAUAUGAAGAUCUGUCCUUCACUGCUUAUGCUGUUGUGUUUCUUUAGAUGUGGACUGGCGAAUGAGGACAGUACAGUGUUUCCCGAUGACACUGCUUCGGCCAGUCCUUCUGCCCAUAGUUUCAGCCCUCCUCACCAGGUUAUGGAGUGUGGUGCUUUAAGCCUGGAAACUCAGCGAGCAGUUGGUGGUGCUGUAGCUAAACUGGGACUGAAACUACUGGAGAACCUGCAUCCUGGGCCUGAACAACCUAAUAUUGUUCUGUCUCCACUGAGUGUUUCUCUGGCACUUGCACAGUUAUCUUUAGGUGCCAUGAACAAGACAGAAGAACAACUUCUAGGAGCAUUGCAUGCAAAUUUGUUAUCUGACUAUUAUAGAACCUUAAGCUGCCUCCAAAGACAACUAAUUGCCAAGGCCAUAAAGGUGGCCUCUCGAAUCUACCUCAAACCAGGUAUUGAGCUGAAGAAGGAUUUUGUGGAAAGAUCCCUCCAGGUGUUCGAGUCAGCACCCACUCCUCUCACCUCUGUAGAGGAUGUGAAUCAGUGGGUAGAGAAAGCCACCAAUGGUCACAUAAGCAAAUUUUUGUCCAGCCUUCCACCCAGUGUUGUCUUGAUGCUGAUAAAUGCUGUUCAUUUUAAAGGGGAGUGGAAGUCCCGCUUUGACCCACGCUUUACUGCCAAGGAUCGCUUCUACAUCAACCAACAGUCCUCUGUAAAAGUAGACAUGAUGAUGGGAUCCAAAUAUCCACUCAGCAUGUUUGUGGAUGGGGAGCAAGGCACACAGGUUGCACGGUUCCCUUUCCAGGGAAACACAAGCUUUCUGGUAGUCAUGCCUAUGACAUCAAAGAAUCUGUUAACAGCAGCUGCUAAUCUCAACAUCUCAGAUCUGUAUAAACAUCUUCCAAGUGAAACUACCAUGCUUGUCAAACUGCCCAAGGUUAAACUUGAAUAUAAACAGGAUUUGAAAGAAGCACUCACAAGCAUGGGACUGGGUGCUCUGUUCACUGGACCUGACCUGUCUGGCAUCGCGGCUGGCCCACUCGUGGUCUCUGGCGUGCAGCACGCCUCCAGUGUGGAGCUUAGUGAGGAGGGAGCAGAGGCCUCGGCCGCCACCUCCGUGUCCCUCGUACGCACCGUCCCCAUUUUCGCCGUCAAUAUGCCAUUCAUCUUUGCCAUAGUGGACGACGCCUCCCAAACGCCCCUCUUCCUUGGCGUGGUCACCAACCCAAACCCCGGGGCGACAGACGAGCUAAGCGACGACCCAGAAAUAGCUAGUCCAACGAUAAACAGUGUGCCCAGCGAUUCGCCGAUUCUGGGAUUACAUGCUCCAGGACAUGUCUGACGUGUGUGAGGAGAUGCGGAGUCUCCUCAAGCAUUAGAACCCCCACAUUCAAGCUGUCCUAUGACUUUACGCUAAAGUGCAGUUUUAUAGAACAGGAGGUGUAUGGACAACAUUAUUCGCAGAGAUUACUCUAUACAUCACAUUCUUCACUUUGGCGCAGUACUUUGUUUUCGUUUGUUUGUCGACCUGAACUGCAUGUUGUGACGUGGUCGAGGUGACAAGCUUUUCCCUUCCUUUAGAAUGGUGAGAAGGUACAAUAAAUUGUAGCAAUUAAAAUGAGAAAGGUUUACAUGAACACAUGAAAUGCUAUUUCCUGCAUGUCCAUAAAUAACGAUGUCGGCGCACAGUGCGAGACGAAAUGUAUUUCCUAUUUUUUAUUUAGCUUUAAUAUAAAUUGUCGUUUUGUUGCUGUCAUCACAACAUACUGACAAUCUAGACAAUUAUCAU